AUGGCGUCCUCAUCCAAUUCCGACGAGACGAGCUACGUCAAGAUGGACGAGUCCAAAGACGGCUUCGACGCGACCCUCGUGGGUAAGCACUGCGAAUACGACUACUGCAACCAGCUCGACUUCCUUCCCUUCUUCUGCCAGAGCUGCAAGCACACCUUCUGUCUCGACCACCGCUCCGAGUCCUCCCACAAGUGCGCCAACGCCGGUGCCUGGGCCGCGCGCCGCCGCCAAGCCGAGCUCGCGAAGCCCGCAUACGGCGCCGGCCGCCAGCUGCGCGACACCGUCUCCGAGAAGCCUUGCGCCUCGCCCUCCUGCAAGACCACCAUUGGCACCUCACUAGUCACCGGCGUCCACUGCCCGGGCUGCAACCGCGACUACUGCUUGAAACACCGCCUGAAGGAGGAUCACGACUGCAAGAACCUCGUACCGCUCGGCGCGCGCCCCGGCUCACAGAUCGACGUCGCGGCGAGGACGAGAAGCGCAUUUGAUAAGUUGAAGGCGUGGGGAACAGCGAAGAAGGAGCAGGCGGGCAGAGCGCUACCGAAACCGAAGCCCACCUCCGCCUCGGCGAGAUUGGUUGCCGUGAACAAACUGAAGAAGACGGCGAAGGGCGACGAGAAGUUACCGCAAGAAAAGAGGGUUUACCUUUACGUUGAAGCCGAAGCGGAAACUGCCAAGGCCAAAUUUCCCAAGGGAGAAUUCUUCUUUUCGAAAGACUGGGUGGUUGGAAGAGUGCUGGACGAGGCGGCGAGGAGGUUACAAGUGGAAAACGUGAACAACCGGUCAUCGAACGAGCAAGACAAGCUUAGAGUGUUCCAUGUGGAAGGGGGGAGGUUACUGGAAUUCAACGAGAAGGUCGGGGCCUCGUUGGUCAGCGGUAACACUGUCGUCUUGUUGCGCGGUGUUGGCCCACCGCCCGACUUGAUGGAGGUUUAA